AUGCGAUUACAAACCGCCGUAUCCCUCGCCGUCUUCUCGAGUCUGGCUUCCGCACUAGGCUUCGACUGCAAACACAUCAAAAUCGACAAUUACAAAUAUGACCUCAGUCCCCUCGGAGGCGCUCACGAGAUCACCCACUCCGUGAGCACGGACGACUUCGUGACGAACACAACCUACCGACUCAACAUCUGCAAUAUCCUAGGGGAUAGUGCUCAUAUGGGGGAUGCGACAUGCGGAACUAGCAAAAACAUCUGCGGCUUCGUGAACCGAUCUCCGGUAGACGGUAACGGCGACCUUACAUUCGGGUUCCCCAUCGUGGGGCUGGAGCCUCUCGGCGAAGGCUCCAAGGAUCCCGAGGUGAAGCGAUUGAAGGAGAUCGACGCCGAGACCGAAGGGCUCCGUGUUAAGCUUGCGGGCGGUUCAUACAAGGGCGAUGGAAAUGACCAGAAGGCCAAGAAGGCAGCUGCUGUUAUUGAGUUCCAGUGCGAUAACGAGCGAUCCGGACUCGAGGGACUGCAUACUCUGGCCGAGGCCGAGCCCAAGGAGCGAAGGCGCAGAGAGGAGACUGCGCCCAAGACGAAUUCCAGCAGUUUGCAGUUUAAGAGCUUUGCUCUGGCUGAUGAUGAUACCUACGUUCUGCGUCUGGAUUGGCGCACAAAAUAUGCUUGUGAUAACUUCGAGGGCGACACUGACAAGCCGUCUACGAGUAAUAGCUGGGGCUUCUUUACCUGGUUGAUCAUUAUUGCUUUCCUUUGCACGGCCGCUUACCUCAUUUUCGGCUCAUGGCUCAACUAUAACCGGUACGGCGCUCGUGGCUGGGAUCUUCUUCCCCACGGUGACACAAUCCGUGAUGUCCCUUAUAUCUUCCAGGACUGGCUUCGCCGUGUGGUCAACACUUUGCAAGGCGCAGGUUCGCGCGGUGGAUACAGUGCGGUAUGA